AUGUUUACUUCGGUGAAGGCCUUCGAGGGGCAGCAGUACUCCACCCUAAAGAGGCAGUGCUUGCAGAGUGGCCUGCUGUUUGAGGACCCCCGCUUCCCUGCCACAGAUGACUCCCUCUUUUACUUGGGCAACAGGAUUGGACGUGUGGUCUGGAAGAGACCGAGGGAGCUGUGUGAAGACCCUCACCUGUUUGUAGAUGGCAUCAGUGCACAUGACCUGCACCAGGGGCAGUUGGGCAACUGCUGGUUUGUGGCAGCAUGCUCCAGUCUGGCUUCCAGAGAGUCUCUUUGGCAGAAAGUCAUUCCUGACUGGAAGGAGCAGGAGUGGGAUGUGGAAAAGCCUGACUCCUAUGCCGGGAUCUUUCACUUCCGCUUCUGGCGUUUCGGGGAGUGGGUGGAUGUGGUGAUUGACGACCGGCUGCCCACAGUGGACAACCAGCUCGUUUACUGCCACUCAGAUGACAGCAAUGAAUUCUGGAGUGCCAUGGUGGAGAAGGCCUAUGCCAAAGUGUAUGGCUGCUAUGAGGCCUUAGAUGGAGGCAACACAGCUGAUGCGUUGGUGGACUUCACGGGGGGUGUGUCAGAGCCUGUAGACUUGCUUGAGGGCCAGAUGGCCACAGACGAGGUGGCCCGUAACCAGCUGUUUGAAAGAGUGCUCAAAGUGCACAACAGAGAUGGGCUCAUCAGCUGCUCCAUCAGGGCAACGACAAUCGAGGACAUGGAAGCGCGACUAGACUGCGGGCUAGUGAAGGGCCAUGCCUAUGCCGUGACGGAUGUGCGGAAAGUGCGCCUGGGUCACGGGCUGCUGGCCUUCUUCAAGUCAGAGAAGCUACACAUGAUCCGUAUGAGGAACCCGUGGGGGGAGAAGGAGUGGAGUGGCCCAUGGAGUGACAGCUCGGAGGAGUGGAAGAAGGUGAGCAAGAGUGAGAGAGAAAAGCUGGGCGUCACUGUUCAGGAUGAUGGAGAGUUCUGGAUGACCUUUGAUGACUUCUGCCAAUACUUCACCGACCUGAUCCUUUGUCGCCUCAUCAACACCUCCUACCUGAGCAUCCACAAAACCUGGGAGGAGGAGGUGAUGAGGGGCUCCUGGGUUCACCGCCAGGAUCCGCUGCGGAACCGCUCGGGGGGUUGCAUCAAUCACAAGACCACCUUCUUGCAGAACCCCCAGUAUGUGUUUGAUGUGAAAAAGGUAGAGGAUGAGGUCCUCAUCUGCUUGCAGCAGAAAGAGAAGAGAGCCACACCCAAAGAGGGCAAAGGGGAAAACCUGGCCAUCGGCUUUGACAUUCACCAGGUGGAGCUUAACCGGAAGUACCGCAUGCACUCAGGCCAGCAGAAAGUAGCGGGCUCCAUCUAUAUCAACUCUCGCUGCGUCUUCCUCAGGAAGGAACUGCAAGAGGGCCGCUAUGUUAUCAUUCCCACCACCUUUGACCCUGGGCAACAGGGCGACUUUCUCCUCCGCGUCUUCACUGAUGUGCCUUCAGACUGCAAAGAGCUGACUCUGGACGAGCCUCCCCAGACAUGCUGGACGGGAAUGUGUGGCUACCCUCAGCUUGUCACUCAGGUCCACGUAUUGAAUGCUGAGGGACUGCAAGGACAGGACUCCAACGGAGAUCCCUAUGUGAUCGUCACCUGCGAAGGGGAGAGGGUGCGCUCACCAGUUCAUAAGGACACACGCAGCCCAAACUUUGACAUCAAAGGCGUGUUCUACCGCAAGAAACCCAAGGAUGGCAUUCACAUUGAGAUCUACAAUAAGAAUGUGAUUAUGGACACCUUUCUGGGUCAGGUGACCCUGUUCAGUGACCCUAACGAACGCCAGGAGCAGCAUACGCUCCACCUGCGUGACAAGGGCAGUCGCCAAGAUAACGACCUUCCGGGCACGCUCACUGUGCGCCUCAUCACAAGCACCACUCUCACCAACAUCUGA